GUCAAUAUUGAGACCCCAGAUGUGUCCAGGGACAUCCUGAAGACAUGUCAGGACAUCCUGAGGGGCUGAGGAACCUUAGGGCACCCACAGGGAGAUUCCUGGGGCCAACCAGGAGCCAGUGAAUUUGCUGUUGUUUGCAGAUCUCUAGAUGUUUUUCAUCUUGCAAAACUGAAACUCUGUACCCAUUGAACAGCAACUCCUGGUGAUAAUCUUUUUUGAUGGAUGAGGAAACUGAAGUGCAAACAGGGCGAGAAACUUAUUUCCCUCAAAAGCAUCCUCCGAUUCUUCCCCUACCUGAAUCCCUGUUGCUAUGAAGACCACCAAUGGGACUGAGACCUGGUAUGAGAGCCUGCACGCUGUGUUGAAGGCUCUAAAUGCCACUCUUCACAGCAACUUGCUCUGCCGGCCAGGGUCAGACAACCUGACUGAGGAGAGGCGGGCCAGGCUACCUGGCCGCGACGACAACUCCUACAUGUACAUUCUCUUCGUCAUGUUCCUAUUUGCUGCCACUGUGGGCAGCCUCAUCCUGGGAUACACCCGCUCCCGCAAAGUGGAUAAGCGCAGUGACCCCUAUCAUGUAUACAUCAAGAACCGUGUGUCUAUGCUCUAAUGCUAAGAGGCUAGGGAUGGCAGAAGAUCAAGAUUCCUGAGGAUUAUCUUGUGGAGCCUCCAGAACUCAGCUAUGUGUUACAUUAGACCUCAGUGUUCUAAUCUGUAAGAUCAACAAGAAACAGUACUAAGGGAGGUCAUCAUUGGGGAAGGAGGAGAGGAUCUAGCAGACCUAGGCCUUGUGGAUAAGGAUUUUUUCCAGCAAAGAUAGACUUUAUAGACAGUAGGAGCCCUUUGAACAAGUAUAUAAAAGUGGCAGGAAUUCUCUGGUGGUCCAGUGGUUAGGACUCCAUGCUCUCACUGCCAAGGACCUGGGUUCAAUCCCUGGUCAGGGAACUGAAAUCCCACAAGCCAUUC